AUGACACCUACUAGAUAUAUCGCUAUGAUUUACGCUCGACCUGCUCCUACUACUGCCGAGGGUCUACUUCUCACCUCCAAUCAUAUCACUAUGGUCCGAACUCGAGAUAAAGAUUUACUCCACCGAAUUCCUGUUCAAUUUAAUCCAUUCCCAUUUGGAUUGGUCUCCCCAGUCGAUUUUGAAUAUAACUCAUUCGACAUUACCCAAGUAUGCGGAAUGGCUUAUUCCCUCUCUCACGGAUACAUCCAGCCCCCAAAAUAUGGUGGUUUUUAUCCUCGACCUGAACCUUUCUCAGAAUGGGGUAAUACCGCGAUUUUCUGUGGUGGUAUCAAUCCUAAGAUCCAUCAUGGGAUUCUCAAGAGGAUCUUCGGUAUAGUUGGAGAAUUAGAUUGGAUCCAAACGCUUCAUGAUGGGUCGUCCGCCAUGAUCAAGUUCCGUCAUCCCCUUGAUGCCGAGAGAGCUCUAUGGAGUUUACAAGGGUUGGUUGUGAACGGACGGGAAUUAAGGUUGAAUUACGGUAACCCCAAGAUUCGAGGGGUACCUGCCACACCUCCACCUUCACCUGUCUCAAACACAUAUGCGUAUCAACAUGGUAAUGACAGCGAGGAGAUGAUCGAUUCCAAUGGAGAUUUAUUAGGUGAUAGUACCGAUAGAGAUACCGAAGAAUCCACCAGUGGCGGUGGAUCACCUUAUCGAUACCUCGCUGAACUUUCACCGGAAUUCGACGAGGUAGUAUCUGCCGAGUGGAUCUCUCGAGAAUGCCCAUUCGGUGCUAUUGAGCAACCAUCUAUUUGA